GGCGGAGGAUGCAGUUCCACCGUUUUACAGUUGCUGCACACACAGCAAGGUGAUCCACAAAGAAAACAGUAGACAGUAAACAACAGUCAAAGCCAACAACCGUUGCAAAGCUCAAAGAUGAAUCGCCUGUCGCUGCUAUUGCUGCUUUUCAUUGCCGGAUGUGCCGUGGCAAAGGUAUUGCCUAGUAGCACUAAUCUCAGCAUUGACCAGCAUGGACAAAGGGUGUACAAGGACCAAGUGGAUGACGACAAGUGCCACUACCACUGCACGGAAAGGGACCCCUCCGUCUGCGCCUCUAACGGACAGUGCUUGCUAAAGUUUGAGAGCCGCUGCAGCAUGGCCGCCUACAACUGCCGCAAUCCGCAGAAGCACUUCAGCCUUGUGGAAGAUCACCGCUGCACCAAAGACUGGGAGCCCAUAUGCUUGGAGUCGGAUCUCAGAGAGUUUGGGCUGUAAAGACGGCUUUGGUUAUGAGGUUGUAGUAUUAAAUCAAUAAAGAAAUGAAACUAUAUACGAAACGAA